AACUGCAUCCUGUCGCGUUCCCAGCCGUUCCUCUCCUUCAGUCGAACUCAGGGGUGAUGCCCGAGGCGCCUCACCUUUCAGAACUGGACCAUGAACAACUUCAUCCUCCUGGAAGAACAGCUGAUCAAGAAGUCCCAACAGAAGAGAAGGACUUCUCCCUCGAAUUUUAAAGUCCGUUUCUUCGUCUUAACGAAAGCCAGCCUGGCAUACUUCGAGGACCGCCACGGGAAGAAGCGCACGUUGAAGGGCUCCAUCGAACUCUCCAGAAUCAAGUGCGUGGAGAUUGUCAAGAGUGACAUUAGCAUCCCGUGCCACUAUAAAUACCCUUUUCAGGUCAUGCACGACAACUACCUCCUGUACGUGUUUGCUCCAGACUGCGAGAGCCGUCAGCGCUGGGUGCUCACCCUUAAAGAAGAAACGAGGAAUAACAACAGCCUAGUAUCCAAGUAUCACCCUAAUUUCUGGAUGGAUGGGCGGUGGAGGUGCUGUUCCCAGCUAGAGAAGCUUGCCGUAGGCUGUGCUCCCUACGACCCAACGAAGAAUGCUUCAAAGAAGCCUCUUCCUCCUACUCCUGAAGACAACAGGCGGUCAUUUCAGGAACCUGAAGAAACCCUGGUCAUUGCCUUGUACGACUACCAAACCAACGAUCCUCAGGAGCUCGCGCUGCGGCGUGAUGAAGAGUACUACCUGCUGGACAGCUCCGAGAUCCACUGGUGGCGGGUUCAAGACAAGAAUGGGCAUGAAGGAUAUGCACCCAGCAGUUACCUGGUGGAAAAGUCUCCAAAUAGCCUUGAAACCUACGAGUGGUACAAUAAAAGCAUCAGCCGAGACAAAGCUGAAAAACUUCUUUUGGACACAGGUAAAGAAGGAGCAUUCAUGGUCCGAGAUUCCAGGACACCCGGGACAUACACAGUCUCUGUCUUCACCAAGGCCAUCAUAAGUGAGAACAACCCCUGUAUAAAACAUUAUCACAUCAAAGAAACAAAUGACAGCCCCAAGCGGUACUAUGUGGCUGAGAAGUAUGUGUUUGACUCCAUCCCUCUCCUCAUCCAGUAUCACCAAUACAAUGGAGGAGGUUUGGUCACUCGACUCCGGUAUCCAGUUUGCUCCUGGAGGCAGAAAGCCCCUGUCACAGCAGGGCUAAGAUAUGGGAAGUGGGUGAUCCAGCCCUCGGAGCUAACUUUCGUGCAGGAGAUUGGCAGCGGGCAGUUUGGACUGGUGCAUCUCGGCUACUGGCUCAACAAGGACAAGGUGGCCAUCAAGACCAUUCAGGAAGGGGCGAUGUCAGAAGAAGACUUUAUCGAGGAGGCAGAAGUCAUGAUGAAACUCUCUCACCCCAAGCUGGUGCAGCUCUAUGGGGUGUGCUUGGAGCAAGCCCCCAUCUGCCUGGUGUUUGAGUUCAUGGAGCACGGCUGCCUAUCGGAUUACCUUCGAAGUCAGCGGGGUCUCUUUGCUGCAGAGACCCUGCUGGGCAUGUGCCUGGACGUGUGUGAGGGCAUGGCCUACCUAGAAAAAGCGUGUGUCAUCCACAGAGACCUGGCCGCCAGGAACUGUUUGGUGGGAGAAAACCAGGUCAUCAAGGUGUCCGACUUCGGCAUGACAAGGUUUGUCCUUGAUGAUCAAUAUACCAGCUCCACGGGCACCAAAUUCCCAGUGAAGUGGGCAUCCCCAGAAGUGUUCUCCUUCAGCCGCUACAGCAGCAAGUCAGAUGUGUGGUCAUUUGGUGUACUGAUGUGGGAAGUCUUCAGCGAAGGCAAAAUCCCAUAUGAAAACCGAAGCAAUUCAGAGGUCGUGGAAGACAUCAGCACUGGCUUUCGGUUAUACAAGCCCCGCCUGGCCUCCCCUCAUGUCUACCAGGUCAUGAAUCACUGCUGGAAAGAGAAACCGGAAGACCGGCCACCCUUCUCCCGGCUGUUAAGCCAACUGGCUGAAAUCGCAGAAUGUGGACUUUAGCCGGGACUCAUUGACCAGCCACCGCCAUGAAUCCUGAGCGAAGGAACAAUGUCCCUUUUCCAAAGCAUUAAAAGCUGCCACCAGCCCAGGACCCCCACAGGUGCCUGGACCAUGGCGGCAGCACCUGUGCAGCCACAACUGCAGCAUCCUAGAAGACGCUGGAGGGCCAGCCGCCGAGCCAACAGCUGGGCCGCAGCUGGAGCAGUGUCUCUGUGUCUGCCCCAUCCCAGCCUCUUGUCAUAUGCUGUACUCGAGGCUCCAUUGCCCGCUCUCAGGAACAGCCCUUCCCCUUCUCAGCAAUCAGGAGAGGCAGAUGUAGGCCACGCUCUUCUUUUUAUUAUUAUUUUAAGAAUAGUUCAAGUAAUCUUUAAUUUGACCCAACGAGACUAUAUGCCUAUUUUAUGGAUGGGAGAGUAGGAAAGCACCGUUCUUUUUCUAAGAAACCCACGGGGUGGUUAAAGCAGGGUGUUCUACUGCUGCAAGGCUGGCAGCCAUAGCUUCCUGCCACACACGAGGCAGAGUGGAUGCUUGUGCCAGAGGCCGGAUGUCAUACAACUUCAGAGCACACUGCCACCUCUCUUUGAUGGGGCACAGCGAGCUCCACUGGGUGGAUAGAGUGGGGUGACACAUUCAGAGCCCAUGGCUGGACCACAGGGUGUCUGAGUCUAGUCAGGAAUGAGAGGGCCUCCGAUGGUGGGAAUAAACGGGUGCAGAAGAAGUCUUUGGGUUGUUACUGAUCCUAUGACCCUGUGUAAUGGCGAGCCACGUGCGUGACUGGAUCUCCUGUUCUGCGUAGAAUGCUGUGGCGAUGACUACAGAAUGUUCGCCACUCCAGCCUCUCAGGAGCGGCGUCCACACGGCACUGCCCACAUGAACCGAGAUAGGGCAGCACUGUGAUGAUCAUGUUACUUUGAGACAUUGGGUUCUCUCAGGCCCUAGGGGUUUGUUUAGCAGUCUGAAGGUUGAGUCAAGCACUGGGCGGUGCUUCCAAAAUGCACAGAAUGUUGAUUGGCACUUGCACAGGUGACAGGCAUAUAGCCCGCAUGCUGGUUAUUCCUGAGGAACCGCAGUUCAUCCCAAGCCAGACAACUGUCCUGGUGACAGAACUGGGAAGGACAGAGAUUGAGACGCCACCCAAAUAUAAUCCAGGGCAGCCUCUUAGCUCUUCUCAACACUGCCUCCUGCUGAGACCGGACUGCUAAGGACGGUAACAUAGGAAAGUCAGACCUUAAUCAGCCACACCCCCACCCAACCAUGUUGUUCCUACAUAGAGCACUGGGGGGCACAGUGGGACCCUCCAAUUUGAAACGGACUGUUCUCUUUCUUCAUCUUCAUCCUCACCUUCAUCUGAGUUCACAACCCUCGAGCCACUCAAAAUUAACCCUUUCAUUCUCCCAGCCUACCAGAGUCACAUCGCCUGAGGCCAUUUAUACAAGAGCUUCAAAGGUGCUCUCAACUAGCCUCCUGCAGACUGUUUGCUGUAAUUAUCCCUUCAACCUAGAGCUGGAUCUCUUGUGAGGAGGAGGAUUCCCUGAUGCCAGGCACACUUGAUUUCCCUGCAGUGUUCAAACAAAGCUCCUAGAAAAAUGAUCAGAGUCACAGAUUUCCUCUUCCUAAGUCACACAGCAUUUUGUCUGGCUUGCACUUCAGAUGCAUCACUUCCGGCUGUAAUCACCAUGUCCAGCUAAAACUCUGUCACUCAGAAAACAAUCUUCCUCAACUGGCCCACACUCGUCUCUGUUUAUGUCUCAGCCUACUGUACAUUCUCUUUUGGGAACCCUUAAUUAAGAGACGGUUUCUGGGACAUCCAACCUAGACGCUAAACACUGGAACUGAGAGAUGUCUGUGGUGUGGUCUAGGAGACUGCCCUCCCCCACCAUACCGUGGUCUUGGCCCUCUAACCUCAAAUGUGUGGAGGCUUUGAUGGGCGUGUGUGCACCGCUUACUCCAGUGUCCCGCUUAGGAAGAUGGGAUUCUCUUCUGCUGGUUUCUGUCUUACAUUUUUGUAAAUGGUGCCCAGUGUUCACAGAAAGGUUUUGGUUCGAAAUGUAUUUUGUAGGUUUUGCAAUUCGUAAUGUUUGGGACUACGUAUUUAUGCCUGGAUCGGGAGAGUAUUUAUUGCUUGUGUUCCAGAUAAAAGUACUUCAGAUAUGUCUUACCCUCUGUAGGAGGCACAAGUCAACAGUUGCUUAUGGAAAAAAAAAUAAUAAUAAAGUUACAUGUUUUAC